ACCAGCUUUGUAUCUUAUGGUUAUUGCUCUCUGUAAAACACUAAUAAUUCUCUGUUAUCCAGAUAUCCUUGUUUUCCAGAUGUGUGGCAAUGUCUGUAUGUAGUAUUGUUAUGCAGAAGGUUACAGCAGCCAUGAUUUCCGAGUUGUAGAGAAUGUGUGUUUGUGUUUCCAACGGAAAAAAAAAGUGAGUAGUGUUGCUGUCAGGCAGUGGGCAGUGUGCAGCCCAUUAUACAGCAUUCCUCUGUGGUGUGACAAAGCUUAAAUGAACCUCACAUGAGCACACAGACGUCCUAACUGCAUUAAAAUUUCACCACACCAAACUCGUGCUGCAUUCAGGAGCAGUAAAUGAGACUGUGUAAUCAUCUCUACCUCACAGCAGUGUUUCUUACUCCAAAAUGUGGAGUGAGCCAGACACAACACUUAAGCCUGCACUUAAUUUGCUAGUUAAAGCUUGUGAAGAGCUUCAAGUACUAGAUGGGAAACCCAGGUGUGAUACUAAUGCGUUAUAGACAUUUAACCCAUUUGACAGAAAACAUUUACAAGGUUUGGCACCCUUCUCCAGAGUGACCUACAUUUAUAUCUCAUUUUAUACAACUGAGCAAUUGAGGGUUAAGGACGUACUCAGGGGCCCAGCAGUGGCAGCUUGGUGGACCUUGGAUUCAAAUACAACCUGCUCUUCAGUAGCUCAACACCUUAGCCACUAGGCUACCACAUCCCCACUUUUACACUGCAAGUUGAGUGUUCUGGCGAAUCCUGAUGCAGUCAUAUCCAGUCCGGUACCUCAGUUGUCCAUUCCAAUCAAUAGGCAUUUUCAUGUAGUACGUGAAGCAGAGGAGGCUCUUCUCAUUGACCUCUCCAUAAGCACGACGCUCAGGAUCCGUAUUCAAGGCGAGCAUGCUCCAGAGCUCCUGCUGGAGUUACAGGAUGAUGAACGCAGUCACACUUUUUUCCAGCAAGUGAUGAAGGCUAAGCACCAAGUUGAUGGAAAAAGUUCACUGCCGAAGAAGAUGGAGCCUGAUGUUUCUGUCCCAGCUAAAAUCUCUGUCCCAAUCCCCCCUCAGAGAAGCAUCUCCAAAGCAGUCAGCAGUUCAUCCAAGGCCAUGAUACAAGGCAAUACCAACAGUAACAGUCAAGGAAAGACUUUAACCUCUGAUUCUGUAGACUCUCCAUGCCAACUGGUGACAGACUUUGGUUUUGAGGAUCAUUUUAACCACGGCUUAAGAGUAGAGGAAAAGAAGAACAGACAAAAUCGGAUAGUUGCCCCAAGAGAAGCCCCUCCUCCACCCACGCCACCUCUUCCUCCUCGGAAAGGCAGUUACUCUCCGUCUGUUGCCCCUGCUGCAGGCCUGCCUCCUAAAGAUAGACCUCCUCAGCUACAAAUGGCCACACCAGUUAGGCCAGAGCACAAUCACACUACAGAUCGAUCCACCUCUUGGUCAAACAGUCCAACUACGCAAACCAUGAGGCAGGCUAUGUUAAGUAACCAGACAGGCCAGAGAGAGGGACUUCUCAAAUACCGUUUAGGCAAGAAGGAGAAGGAGUAUGUGGACAUCAAGGACUUUAGGCUUUUUGCAGGCACUUGGAAUGUGAAUGGUCAGUCUCCUGAUACCAGGUUGGAUCCCUGGUUGUGUUGUGAUCCUGAGCUUCCUGAUAUAUAUGCAGUGGGGUUUCAGGAGUUGGAUCUGAGCACAGAAGCUUUAUUGUACAUGGAUUCAUCCAGACAGCAAAUGUGGGUUGAUGCGGUGGAGCGGAGUCUUAAUUCCAGAGCCAGAUACAGACAGGUACGUCUUAUUCGGUUAGUUGGUAUGAUGCUGGUGGUGUUUGUCAAAAAAGAGCACAAAAACCACAUCAGUGAAAUUGCUGCUGAGACAGUCGGUACUGGCCUAAUGAACAAAAUGGGAAAUAAAGGAGGUGUGGCAAUUCGGUUUGUGUUUUACAACACCAGCUUUUGCAUUGUAAACUCCCACCUGGCAGCCCAUGUUGAAGACUUUGAGAGACGCAACCAGGACUAUAAGGAGAUCUGUGCCCGCAUGAGCUUUCACCUCAUGGAGCAUCCACCUCUCAGUAUAGUCAAACACGAUGUGGUAUUUUGGUUGGGAGAUCUGAACUACAGACUGUUUUUAAAUGAUGCAGCUCAAGUGAAGAGGCUCAUUGCUGAUAAUGAGUUGCAGAAGCUUCAGGAGUAUGAUCAGCUGAACAUCCAGAGAAAGACUAAACGCGCCUUCACUGACUUCAUGGAAGGAGAAAUCAGUUUUAUCCCCACGUACAAAUAUGAUGCAAAAUCAGACAGAUGGGACUCAAGUGGCAAAUGUCGGAUUCCUGCCUGGUGCGAUCGUAUUUUAUGGAGAGGUAAUAAUGUCAAGCAGUUGAGCUACCGCAGUCAUAUGGAGCUACAGACCAGUGACCACAAACCUGUUAGCUCUCUUUUUAGCAUUGGGGUAAAGAUGGUAAAUGAGCAGCGUUAUAAGAGGGUAUUUGAGGAACUAGUUCGUGACAUGGAUAGGAUGGAGAAUGACUUUCUACCCUCUUUGUCACUGACCCAAAGAGAGUUCCACUUUGAGAAUGUGAGGUUUCGCCAGCUACAGAAGCAGAGUUUUCUUAUUACCAAUGACGGUCAAGUGCCCUGCACAUUUGCCUUCAUCCCCAAACUCACAGACUCUCAGUAUUGCAAACCCUGGUUACGAGCAGAUCCCAACGAUGGCGUUCUUGACCCUAAUGAGACCAUGGAGAUAUCCUUGGAAGUAUAUGUGAGUAAAGACUCAGUAACAAUGCUCAACUCAGGAGAGGAUAAAAUUGAAGACAUCUUGGUGUUACACUUGGACCGGGGGAAAGACUAUUUCAUCACUGUGUCAGGGAACUACCUGCAUAGCUGUUUUGGAACUUCUUUGGAGUCAUUGUGCCGUAUGAAGAAACCCAUCCGCGAAAUUCCUGUUACCAAACUCAUCGACUUGGGAGAAGAUAGCUACACAGAGAAGGAGAAAUCCAAGAUGAAUUUCCUGCUGGAUAGUGGCACCACUGAGGACAAACCAUUAAAGAUCCCCAAGGAGAUCUGGCUGCUUGUCAACCAUCUUUUCACCAGGGCCUGUCACCAGGAGGACCUUUUCCAGACCCCUGGCCUGCAGGAUGAAUUGCAGAGUAUUAUUGACUGUUUAGACACCAGUAUUCCAGACUCCAUCCCUGGCAGUAACCACUCAGUAGCUGAAGCACUGCUGAUCUUCUUGGAGGCUUUGCCUGAGCCUGUGGUGUGUUAUGAACUCUAUCAACGAUGUCUUGAAUCAUCACAUGACACUCGACUCUGUAAACAGUUAAUAUCACAGCUCCCCAGGGCACACCGCAACGUGUUCCGCUACCUGAUGGCUUUCCUGAGGGAGCUGCUGAAGCAUGCAAUCGACAACAACCUCACUGCCAACCUUAUAGCUACUCUCUUUGCAAGCCUUCUCAUCAGACCUCCACCAAACCUCACAAGCAGGCAGACCUCAAACGAUCGGCAGAGGGCCAACGAUUUCAUCUUAGGCUUCCUAAUGGGCACUGAUGAUGACUGAGGAGCUCCUGUGAGAUCACAGGCCAUAACCUUUUAUGAAGGAGGUCUCUGGUUAUAUAUGAGGGAGAAAGCGUGAGAGUGAUUGAGUGAGUGAGUGAGUGAGUGAGUGAGUGAGUGAGUAGACUUUGAGCCCUUCCUGUACACCCAUACCCGUUUGGGGGAAAAUGGCAGCAUCUCAUUUGUACAAAUGCUGCGAUUGGCUCUAAUAUUAUUUUGGUUUAUUAGAGCCUUGUCCAUUGCUUAAAUAAAGCAGUUUCAGGUCGAACUGGUCUCACUCUGAGUUAUAGCUACAUAUUAUUUGGCUUUGAGGAAUUUAUAUGAGGUUUUCAGUCUGUACCUUUUUUUUUUUUUUUAAAAUAGACGUUUAACUUUUCAGAAAUUUUAAUGCCAAAACCAAAAACUGUUAUUUGUGUGUGUAUGUAUGUGUUACCUGUAUCUGAAGUGAGUCAAUAUGAAUUGACUUGUACACUAAAUACAACCAGUAAGUACAAUUUUGACUGAUUUGACAGAAAUCAUGAGUGUUGUGGCACCUUUCUUUAAUUGCCCCAAUAUAGUUAGAAGUGGACUGUGUGAGUUUACCAUGUAACUACAGAGAGACUGUUUCUCUCAGUUUGGUAUUAUUGGGUGGGGUUCUAUUAUUCUUCCGGUGUCUUAGACAAUUGUUUGAAUUUUGAAGGAAGGAUUUUUGUGGCAGUGAAUCACAGCGAGUCACAGUGGUGUUUAUCCGUUGUAGUGUAAACAUUUAUUUAUAUAUUAGGUUCUUUUACUAUAUUGGUAAUUUUUUCCACCACUUGACCUUGGGGAUUUCUCAAAGCUUAGUAAGAUAUCCCACCUCAAUCAUAUUCUGUACAUUGAAAUUUGCUUUUAGACCCAUCAGUCCUUGUUCAUCAUGUAUAUCUGUAUAACUGAAUGCUCUAGCUCCUUCAUAGCUGAAUUCAGCUUUUUCUGGCCAGUGCUGCUAAAGUGCUAUUAAACAUUGUGACCAUGAACCUGGAUCCCUCACACUGUGGUUCAGCCGGACACUUUACACUCCAGAGAGCUGUGGUGUAUUAGAGCUGUGGACUCUCUUGUUCAUUUUCCGCAUAUUUCUGAUGGUUUAUUCAAAGUCCAGCUAUGAGCUUUCUGGUUGUCAAAGUCAUGUCUUCUUGAUGUCUUACCCGAUGUAAAUGUUUACUCUUGUUACAUAAUGGGUGUUUUCUGUGUCUUCUUCACUUUUAACACUGGUGCAAAAUGUCUCCUUUUAUUUUAAUAUUGAUCCUAUCUGUGCAAUAACCUAAACCCUGCAAAACUGUAUAAUAUAAUCAUUAGAGGAAUUUUCUUUUGUCUAUUGUUCCUUCAAUAGAAAUGUCUACACCCUAAAUAGUCUCUUGGGGUGUUGCUUGAACAUUUACAUAUACUGUAUAUAGCUCUCUAAUCCAUGUAUGCAAAUUCUAUCUUUAGUCAUUUCUGUAUUCCGGUCCAUAUUAAAGCCUGUGUUUAGGUUUGUCAUGAAAUAUUACUUAGAAUUCUAGAUCCUAAUCCUGCAUACUGCUAAUGAGUUAACCCAAGGGUCACUGAAUCAGUUCCUAAUUAUAUUUUUAGGCUGAAGAGGAAAUGAGAUCACUUUGACCUGACUUGAUGUAGUUUGAUUAGUUAUUUGAUUUGUACUGUGCUGUGACAUUUACUGAUUACAGGUCAGGAUUUAUGUAGCAUAGCAACAACAUAAUCUGAGAUAAUCUGCCACGUUACGUUGGUAAGAAACCAACUUGAACAGUAAAACCUGUUGUCCCUGAAGUUAGCAAUGCAAGACAUUUGUGGUAUGCCAGCUAUGUUAGAGCAAGGAAUGAAAGGUCAUUGAUAUUAUCAAUGGACAUGUUUUCACCGAUCUUGUUUCCACAGCUUAAAUUGAAAAACUAAAAGAGAAGUAUAAGCUAUUGCUGUCUCCAAAACCUUUUACCAUAACACUGUAAAAAUCUUGAUCCAAUGCCACCAGACUCUCUGCUUUCACAUUCAGCUUCUGUAAAUUGCCACAGACACAGACAUGCUGAUCUUUACUGUCUGACCAAUUAUCCAUGUCUAGCAUUUUUUUCUAAACCUGUGUCUCUGGAUAAAUUUAGUCACUAGGCCUCUUAUUUUGAAACUUCCUCUAAAAUAGAGAUCAUGGAUAGAUUCCUGAAAAGGGUACAGCAGUCAGCUUCUGCUUUCCUCAAAGUGUGAAGCACUUGCUCAGCUUUGCCAGAGCUUGUCGACUCUGGUUGGGAGACGCUUUAGUGCUCAGAGACCUGAGAUUUGAAUUUAAAUGUUCUUUAUAUGGAAGUCUGCUUUCUGAUAUGAUGACUAUGUUCCUACUCAUCAAGCUCCAUGGGAAAAUAGAAUUGGAAGGUUGCUGAUUUGUAUUGUCUCCUGUCAUGCAUUCUUUUUCUGUUUUCAUGGGUUGGGUUCUGCACUGAUUCGUCUUCUAAUUAUGGUACAAAUGCAACUUGCACUUCUGUUUUUUGUUUGUUUGUUUGUUUUUUGUAUUUUUUAACUUAUUUAAUGGAAAUAAAAUAUUCAAACCUAA